UUGUGGCAUGACACAGACUUUAUUGAACUGAAAACCAUGGCAAGGUGUGAAGACUCCAUUUGCUGCCUCCCUGGAAGGAGGACUGAGGAUCCAUGGCAUGCAUCUAAGUGGGAUGGCAUUGCAGGGCUGGCCAGGUGCCACUCCAAGAGGAGGGGUGGGAUAGCAGACUGAGUGAUUGGGAGGUAGGUGGGAUAAGCCAUACCAACAAGUCUUCCUGUUGAAUCUUCACCUGCAGGAAUUAAAAACAGAGAUAUGUGCAGCCAUGACAACUGGGCAUGAGUGCCAUGCUGGGCUCAGUCAUGGAUGUAUUGUCCUUAUAGAGUCUGUAAAUGCAGUCUCGGGGCGGGGGGCUUUGCCAUGAACUCCAUUUGAGGCACAUGAUGGUACCAUCUGAAUUACAGUCAUCUCAGGGAUUUCUGGCAAACAUCCACAGUAGCUGAUGCUCAAGGCUCUGAUCCUGCAAGAAAUUCCCUGCAGCGCUGGAACGGGGCGCUUCUCCGCCUCCUCCCCCGCCGCGACUUCUUGCACAGCCCGAGGGUGGCGCUUCGCCGCCUGCUGGCCAGUGAGGAGUCUCCGCGAGGGGGAGCGAAGGAGGCGGGGCGGAGAGCGCGUGUCUCGGGCGGCCACACCUUUUAAAACAACCUGGCGGAGCGCGGGGAGCGUCUCGCAGCCUCAGGGGCCGGCUUGCCACUCGUCAGGAGGCGGCGUAGCAAGGCAGCCACCGCCGCCCCUGUCCCGGAGCGCCGCUUCUGUUUUCGCGGGAAAUGGUCGCUUGGCACCGGCGGCGGAGCUAGGGAGGGCGAGGCGAGGCGAGCGGCAGUCUCGGGCGCUGGAGGGACCCGUCGCCGGCAUGUCUCCCGUCAGCGAGGAGCUGGGGCCCGGCGGCGACUCUGCCCUGCCCACUUACGAAGAGGUGGCGGGCGGCGGGGAGAACGGGGACUACCGCGCGCCGCCGGAGGCGUCUGCUGCUUCUCAGAAGGGGGCCGGGGAGUCCCUCCUGACAGCGGCGGAGCCUGCGCUGAAGCCCCCGGGCAGUGAGGGCGAGAGCGAGGAGCGGGAGGCGGCGGAGCUGACGCCUCCCGAGGGCGGCUGGGGCUGGCUGGUCAUGCUGGCGUCCAUGUGGUGCAACGGGGCCGUCUUCGGCAUCCAGAACUCGUGCGGCGUCCUCUUCAAGUCCAUGCUGGCCGAGUUCGGAGACCCCGCCGACAAGCAGCUGGUGUUCCGGACAGCAUGGGUGAGUUCCCUGUCCAUGGGAAUGAUCUUCUUCUGUUCUCCCGUAGUCAGUGUUUUUACCAAUAUGUUUGGCUGCCGAAUAGUAGCUGUUGUUGGAGCAGCUGUGGCUUUAAUUGGACUCCUUUCAAGCUCAUUUGUAAGGACUCUUGGACCUCUCUAUUUUACUUAUGGAAUUUUAUUUGGCUGUGGUUGCUCAUUUGCAUAUCAGCCCUCCUUGGUCAUCUUGGGACAUUACUUCAAGAAGCGUCUAGGUCUGGUGAAUGGCAUUGUCACUGCUGGCAGCAGCUUGUUUACUGUAGCUCUCCCUUUUCUUUUAAGUGUACUGAUUAACUCAGUUGGCCUGUACAACACUUUCAGGAUCCUAUGUAUUUUUAUAUUUAUUCUGUUCCUGGCUGGCUUUACAUAUAAGCCUCUCAUUAUUACUACCAAAGGAAGCGGAGAAAAGGGCAAAACCCAUUUUCCUCCUGUAAAACAGAUUUUCAAUUUUUCAAUUUUUAAAGCUGUGAGUUACCGAAUCUGGGCUUUUGGAAUCCCAGCUGCCUUAUUUGGAUAUUUUAUACCUUAUGUUCACCUGCUGAAACAUGUGAAAGAACGGAUUGGUGAUGAUGUUCAAGAUGAAACACUUUUGCUUUGCCUUGGCUUAACUUCAGGAGCUGGCCGAUUGAUCUUUGGAAGAAUUGCAGAUUAUGUUCCUGGCGCAAAAAAGAUUUAUCUACAGGUGAUCUCAUUUUUCUUCAUUGGCCUGAUGUCUAUGAUGAUUCCACUCUGCUAUUCCUUUGGAGGUCUCAUUGCUGUCUGCCUCUUCAUGGGAAUCUUUGAUGGCUGCUUUAUUAGCAUUAUGGCACCUAUAGCUUUUGAGCUAGUUGGUGCAAAGGAUGUUUCUCAGGCAAUUGGAUUCCUCUUGGGCUUUAUGUCUAUACCAAUGACAGUUGGUCCUCCUGUUGCAGGUAUACUACGAGAUUACCUAGGUACAUAUGAUGUAGCAUUCUACUUAGCAGGAAUUCCCCCUAUUAUUGGAGGAGCUGUGCUUUGUUUCAUUCCUUGGGUGCAUGCAAAGGAAAAAGCCAAAGAAAAAGCUAGACCUCUAGAUGGAGAAACGAAGGAGAAAAUGUUGGAAACCAGAAAUGCAGCCAUGUUGGACUCAGCUGAAAAAAACAGCAAAGAAUUUGAAACUGUUAUUUAAUUGUUUAUAUUUUUUUCUACCAGAUUGAACUUAUUUUUAUAAGGACUAGCUUUCUGUUUAUAAACUAAGGUACCAAAUGAUUGUACUUGAAAGCACAGACCUGAUAAAAUUAUCAAAGUAAUAGUGACAUUUAAAAUCAAACUGCUAACAGUAACAAAUGCUUUUAAAAUUGAGCUUGAUUCAGGUUUCAGAACACAUAUUCUCCUUUACAGGUUUGUAUCAUCAAAGUAUACUUGCCCUCUGUGUGAGCAUGUGCAAGAACUGUGUGUUUGAAAGGAGGGGUGUUUGUUGUUUUUACUGCAUUUCCGGAACCUGAAAGUUCUGCCUACCUAUUAAAGGAUCCAGUUUUCUUCA